CCCUCAGUAAAAAUCUCCCAAAUUCAUAUUACAGGAGGACUCCCUUUCCCCCCAGAAAUUACUCAAUGCUGAAACCUUUCCAAGUGAUAGUAGAGACGUUGGAAGCACCAUGGAUGGGUUUUAUGACCAGCAAGUCCCUUUUAUGGUCCCAGGGAAAUCUAGAUCUGAGGAAUGUAGAGGGCGGCCUGUGACUGACAGAAAGAGGAAGUUUUUGGACACAGAUUUGGCCCAUGAUUCCGAAGAGUUGUUUCAGGAUCUCAGUCAACUUCAAGAGGCUUGGUUAGCUGAAGCACAAGUUCCUGAUGAUGAACAGUUUGUCCCAGAUUUUCAGUCUGAUAACUUGGUGCUUCAUGCCCCACCUCCAACCAAGAUCAAACGGGAGCUGCACAGCCCCUCCUCCGAGCUGUCAUCCUGCAGCCAUGAGCAGGCUCUCGGUGCUAACUAUGGAGAAAAGUGCCUCUACAACUAUUGUGCCUAUGAUAGGAAGCCUCCCUCUGGGUUCAAGCCAUUAACCCCUCCUACCACCCCCCUGUCACCCACCCAUCAGAAUUCCGUAUUUCCCCCACCUCAGGCAACUCUGCCCACCUCCGUGCACCCUGCUGCAGCAGGCCCAGUACAAGGUGUGGGCCCAGCCCCCACCCCUCAUUCGCUUCCAGACCCUGGACCACAGCAGCAAACCUUUGCGGUCCCCCGGCCACCACAUCAGCCCCUGCAGAUGCCAAAGAUGAUGCCUGAAAACCAGUAUCCAUCAGAACAGAGAUUUCAGAGACAACUGUCUGAACCCUGCCACCCCUUCCCUCCUCAGUCAGGAGUUCCUGGAGAUAAUCGCCCCAGUUACCACCGGCAAAUGUCAGAACCUAUUGUCCCUGCAGCUCCCCCACCCCCUCAGGAAUUCAAACAAGAAUACCAUGACCCACUCUAUGAACAUGGGGUCCCAGGCAUGCCGGGACCCCCAGCACAUGGGUUCCAGUCACCAAUGGGAAUCAAGCAGGAGCCCCGGGAUUACUGCGUUGAUUCAGAAGUGCCUAACUGCCAGUCAGCCUACAUGAGAGGGGGCUAUUUCUCCAACAGCCAUGAAGGUUUUUCAUAUGAAAAAGAUCCCCGGUUGUACUUCGAUGACACUUGUGUUGUUCCUGAGAGACUGGAAGGCAAAGUCAAACAAGAGCCCACCAUGUAUCGUGAGGGGCCCCCUUACCAGAGGCGAGGCUCCCUUCAGCUGUGGCAGUUCCUGGUUACCCUUCUGGAUGACCCAGCCAAUGCCCAUUUCAUUGCCUGGACAGGCCGAGGCAUGGAGUUCAAGCUGAUAGAACCUGAGGAGGUUGCUCGGCGUUGGGGUAUCCAGAAGAACCGGCCAGCCAUGAACUACGACAAGCUCAGCCGUUCUCUACGCUAUUACUAUGAGAAGGGCAUCAUGCAGAAGGUGGCCGGGGAGCGAUACGUCUACAAGUUUGUCUGUGACCCGGAUGCCCUUUUCUCCAUGGCCUUCCCUGACAACCAGCGCCCGUUCCUGAAAGCAGAGUCCGAGUGCCACCUCAACGAGGAGGAUACCCUGCCGCUGACCCACUUUGAAGACAACCCUGCUUACCUCCUGGACAUGGAUCGCUGCAGCAGCCUCCCCUAUGCUGAAGGCUUCGCUUACUAAGUUUCUGAAUGGCUGAGCAGCCAAACCCUAGAGCUAGCAGUUCCCAUUCAGGCAAAUGAGGGCAGUGGUUUUGUUUGUGUUUUUGGCUGUUCCUAAAACUUGCCCUUUGAGUAUUAUCUGGAGAACCCAAGCUGUCUCUGGAUUGGCACCCUUAAAGACAGACACCUUGGCUGGGGAGUGGGAACAGGGAGGGGCAGAGAAACCUCCAAAAGGCUGGUGCCUCAGCUCUGAUCCUGACAGGGUUUCUGGGAAGAGAUUGCAAUGGAGCCUCCUUCCCAUGGACAAUAUAUGCAAAGCAAUACCUUGUUCAGGUUAGUUACCCACAAACUGGGGGAGAGUGUGACAAUCUGCAUCGAUCACGAACUACUAAAUGCCUUUACAUAGAAGGGCUCUGAUUUGCACAAUUUAUUGAAAAUGAAACCACAAACCCAAAGGAUAGUAGGUAGGCUAAGUUGGGGAGGCUCAAAUCACGAAGGGUUAAAAAUAUAUCAUAAAAUUCAGAGAGCUCAUCUAGCUCAAUCUGUAAUGUUUCC